AUGUCUGUAUUCGAAAAUAUCAGUUUAUCUCGACACACUAUUACCAGGAGGGUGGAAGACAUAGGAGGUGAUCUAAUGUCACAGUUACAAAUAAAAUCGAAAACGUUUAAAUUUUUUUCAUUAGCUUUGGACGAAAGCACUGAUUUAACAGAUACUGCUCAGUUAUUAAUAUUUAUUAGAGGAAUAGAUACAGAUUAUAAUAUAACGGAAGAACUUGCUUCAUUAGAAAGUAUUUCUGGAACUACAACAGGAGCUGAUAUUUUUGAAAAAGUGAAUUCUUGUUUAACAAAUUUAGGAUUGACCUGGGAAAAACUUUGUAGUAUUACAACAGAUGGGGCUCCAAAUAUGGUUGGGCGAAAUACCGGAUUAAUUGGGAGGAUAACAGAGUUAACAACUUCAAAAAUGUUUGAAACACUUAUAUUUUUACACUGUAUUAUUCACCAACAAUCUCUGUGUGGUAAAAUUAUGAAUUUGGAACAUGUAAUGAAAGUUGUUACAAAAACAGUAAACUUCAUUAGAUCUCACGGAUUAAAACAUAGACAAUUUGUAGAAUUUUUAAAUGAAAUUGAAUCGGAACAUAAAGAUGUGUUGUACCAUAAUCAGGUUCGGUGGUUAAGUCGAGGAAAAGUAUUAAAACGAUUUUUUGAUCUUCGGCGGGAAAUUCAUAUAUUUAUGAUAGAAAAAAAACAAACCUGUAGAAGAAUUCGAAAAUGA